AUGGCCUUUCCUAUAUCACCUCCUGCUCCCAAUAAAGUACGGAGUCUGAGUGUUGGUAGUUUGUAUAGCAUAACUGAAGGCAGUGAACCAAUCAGUGAAAAUGAAGAAAUACAGAGUGUGAUAGAAUUCCGUAACCAAGGAGAUAGGGCUUUUGGAGACAAGGACUAUGUGGAAGCCAUCAAAUGUUACAGUGAAGCACUUGAAAUUGAUGGCAGUAACACUGAUAUCUUGAGUGCUAGAGCUGCUGUCUAUAUGGAAACUAAGCAAUAUGAGAUGGCACAGAAAGAUGCAGAGAUAUUAGUGAAGGUGGAUCCAUUAAUACCACAGGGACAUUAUCUACUGGCGGUAUCUUUGGACAACCAGAAUAAAUAUGACAAAGCUAUCACCUCAUUCCUUCAUGCCCUUGACCAUGAUACACAACACGAAGACCAACUUGUUGACAAUAUAGCUGUAGUGGCAUCUAACUUAUGUAACUUUUCAGAUAGUGUUCUCAAGGACUUUGAAGAGAUGGUCCCUGUACAGAAACUGUCUGAAGUUGGAAUACAGUUAUACAAAGAAAACUACCAUGAUGCCUGUAUUGAAGUCUUAACAAGAGUACUUAAAAUGGAACCACAACAAAAACAGUGUACCAUGAUGUCAUUGCUCACCUUGGGUAGUGCCCACCUAUCACUCAAAGAAAUUACUGUGUCUAAGAAUACAUUCCAAGAAUGCCUUAAAACAGCUAUGACAGAGAAAGAUCCAGAAAUUGAAUCCAAAUGCUAUGUGAAUUUAGCCAAUAUUUAUUUACUUGAAAACAACACUCAACAAGCUAUCGUGUAUUUUGAGAAACUGUUCUCCAUUGGACGAGAUCUGAAAAAGAAUCAUGAAGAUGGUAGUUUUCCUGAAUACUGGUCACUUGCACUGCAGUGUGGAAUUCACGAAAAUCUUAGCAUCGCGUACAGAGAGAUACAUAAUUUUCCGCAAGCUUUGCACCAUUCUAUGAUAUACUUGAAACUUGUACAGAAUAACAAAGAAGCGGAAAGUGCCUUGCCCAUGGCUCAUUACAACCUUGCCACUUACUACGACAUGGUGAAGGACUAUACAGCAGCUCUGAGUAAUUACAAAACAUAUCUAGAUCUUUGCAAAACCCAAGGGGACAAGAUUGGAAUGGCGAAGGCAUAUGCAUCUCUGGGAAAUGUUUAUAAGAUUGUUUGUAACUUUAAAUUAUCUGAGUCUUACUUAGAGCAGUAUUUACAUAUGUCUCAGAAAACAAAGGACUAUGACGGGCAAGCCAAAGCACUGUGUUUUCUAGGGGAACUCUUUCAAGCUAAAGAAGACUAUGAUAAGGCGCUGUCCUUUUUUGAGCAGUAUUUACGAAUGAGUCGAAGAUUAGAAGAAUUUGUCACUGAAUGUAGAGCAUUUUUGAAAGUAGCUGAUAUUUUCAAGUGCCAAGGUAGAUAUCAACAUGCUCAGUAUUAUUAUGAAAUGGCAUUGACAUUGGCCAACAAGCUUGAAAACAAUGAAGAACUUGUUAACCAGUGUCGAUGUGAAGUUGCUUUUGCUUUCACAAUGUCUAUACUCAAAGAUGACAUGGAAAAAUCCAAGUCAAUGUUCAUGGAUUUAAUUCCUGUAUACAGUAAACAGAUACAACUGUACGAAGAUGAGAACAUUGAAUGUCCGAAUGAGCUGACUACAAGGCUUCAGAUGUGUUAUGAUGGAAUGCAAAUCGCUCUCUGUAAACUCGAUCAACCAGAUGCCGCUCUGGAAUACGCAGAAUCGUUUCGGAAACGAAGAUUACAGCAGAUAUUGAAACAUAAACUGAACACUGCAAAUGUCGAAGAUUCUGAAAAGCAGCGUGAGACCAUCAGUUUACCAUCCAGGGAUGAGUUGUGUAAGAUUGUUAAUAAACAAAAGUGCACUGUGUUAUAUUAUUCCAUCACGGAUCCAUGUCUUCUCAUUUGGGUAUUAAAACCAGGUGAGGGUGUAGUCCGAGCACAGGUGGAGAAAUCUAUUGGAAGCGACAGCUUUCGCCACAAAGUUAGAAAGGCUCUUGAGCUGUUACAAAAACUAGAUAACAGUAAAGCGGACCUAGAUUGCGAAAAGAGAGCCCUACCAUCAAAAAACAGAAAAGUAACACACUUGCAGAAAAAGAACCUUGCUAAGUCUACAGAAUGGAAAACAAGGGAAAACAGAGAAGAAGUUAAGAGACAAGAUACUGGAGGAAGACCACAGAAAAUAUUGUAUGACCUUCUAGUAGCUCCUAUAGAAAAGAUGCUUAUAGAUGUGAAAGACCUGCUGAUUAUUGCAGAUAAAGAGAUCUGUCAAGUUCCUAUGGAUGCAUUACAAGAUGACAACGAUACACAUAUGAGUGAGAAAUUUAACAUCAUCAGUGUACCAAGUCUCUCUGUACAAACUUUGAUAGCCAACAAAACUGACAGUACUAAACCUGACAAGUCAAACUUUGAGUAUACUGAUUUCUUCCCUGUUUACUUGGAUGAUCACCUGCGUGUGGUGGUCCCACCAGAUGAAUGUCCGUUUAGUCCACUUCGGACAACACAAAGAAGUGCUCCUUUAAUGGCUAGGGAGAAAAGCUCUACACCGAGCUUCAUAGCUUUUGGUAAAAACUAUCACGACUGUGUGCCUACACCAGAAGAUAAAAAGGAUCGUGAAAAACUAAUUGUAGCACAAAACAAAAGUAAACUUGGCACGCUGAUAACGAGCGCAUCAACUGGUAUAGAAGUUGUGAGAGGUGAGGGGACCGCGAUAGAAUAUAAGCAAGACAGUCAUCAGCAUAGGUCAUUGGUUAUUGGAAACCCAUCAUUACCAAACAAACUCAAACUACAUGAGCAGGUAUGGCACCCUGCUGGUGAAUUAAUUGUAUCACAGUGUGAAGCCUAUAAUGUAGCAGAAUAUUUAGAGACUGAAGCCAUAGUUGGGUCUGCUGCUAACAAAGGACAUAUCUUGAAUGAACUGACACAGGCAACACUAGUUCAUAUUGCUACAUAUGGUUCAUGGGAGGACAAUGUCUUGGUAUUUAGUCCAAAUCCAACUAGUGAACCUACAGAAGAUGGCAGCUAUAAUGAAGACCAAUAUCAAAUAGGAGUUAAAGAUAUCAUGAGUAUCAAAUUAAAGGCAGAUCUUGUGGUUUUAAGUUGUUGCUAUGGUGAUGUACACAGGGAUGUUGAUUUUACAUUGCCAACAGCGUUACUUUUGGCAGAUGGAAAUCGUGUUUCCAAUGCCUUGAGUAAAGCAAAGCAAAGCCUGGCUAAAGAUGAAAGAUUCAAUGAUGCAAUGUUCUGGGCUCCAUUUUUAUUGGUUGGUCAGGAUAUCUUCAUCAGUAUUCGACAAAUCAAACAUGCAAUGUUGGAUCAGCUUGUUGACAUUCUGGAGAAAGACACUUUAGAUGUAUCCCCUGUAGACCAUCUAAAUCUGACACAACAACCUGUGGACAUAUCAUCCAAGGAUGUGACAUUGCCAAAAUUACGACAACAUCUUUCUCAGUUAUUAAUUUACAAACAACCCCAGGUUAUGUCCGUUCUCUUACAACUGGUGUCUGAAAGCAUGGUGCUUCACACCAAUCCACAAAUGGACUUACUAACCAAAAAGUUGCCAGAAGUAGUCAUGAUGGCUCCAGGAUCUAUACCACUAUUAAAUCUACUUGGUUUUCAUUUCCAAGCCAAAGGUGCUAAUAACACUGAACCGUAUGUUGUAUACCCACACUGGGAUCAUGAUGGUUUGUUACAGCCUGCUCAUCAAGCUUUGAUGGCAGUGACUGAUGUACUUGACAACUCACAGUGCUGUCAUGCAUUGUCACAGCUAUUGCUACAAACAGAAGAUAUACUAUCAGGAUUACUAGAUAUUGUGAGUGUGACUAAACAUUCAUGUGCAAUACAGUUGAAGAUUUCCGAUAUUGGUGUACAGGCAUUGUGGGGAUAUCACAUGAGUAGAGACUUCUUACUGUCCAUUGGAUUUCAGCAAGUUGGUUUAUUAUUGUUGUUUCGUAAUACACUAGCCAACAGAAAAUUGUUGAAUGCUAGUCUUUUUCUUCUGGCUGCCGUAUUGGGUGAGAAAGGACAAGCAAUGCUGAACAAAAUUGAUGUAAAUUAUCUUGGUAUGACAAAGCAAAGACAAGAACGUGAUGUUACAACCACACAACUGAAACUACCAUCACUAAAUCCAGUGAUGGUUUCAAGGAAUAUGAUUCAUAUGUCAACUCCAUGGUUAACAGUUAGAAGUGACACAGAAGAGAACCAAAGGAAGAUGAAAAUGGCUAAAAAUUUGAGUGAUGUUCAUUCUGAGUAUCGCUACCAUAUGAUGAAGGCCCAUGACUGGCAUGACUACACACUGAAACCACAAGCAGGGGAAGCUAUUGACAUAAUUGGUAAAUCUAAGCACAAACCCAGCGUCAUUAAAGUCCACCCAAAUAAAGGCACUUCUUGUACUCGUGUACCAGUUUAUGAAGAUCCAACGUUAAAUAUAAAUGGUACUGAACAAAGAAGAGAUUAUUCACAUUUCCUUCUGCAUACCAGAUCAGACAGUGUACUACAGAGACAUAAAGAAGCGUGCAAAAAAAUAUUCCUGCCAUAUGUUAAGAAAUUAACACCAGCAGAUUAAACCUGCAUUGAUGUACUGUAAACAGUUUAGUUUUAUGUAGUUUACAGCAUUAUUAUACAUAUUCAGGCAAAGUGAACACAUUAGUUAAAGGCCAAAAAAAAGUUAUGUUUCUGGUCAGCGUGCACACCAUCAAAAAAGUGUGAUUAAAUGUUAUUUGCAAUGAAUAGGUGAUUUUCCGUACAAUUGCGAGAUCUCGCGAGAUGCAUGAAAGACGCGCGUCGAACGUCUGCUGUAAAAAUCGAACGAUUUGAUUUUCAACUUGAAUUUCUUUAUUUCGUAGCUCACAUUGACCGGCCGAUCUUCGACAGAGGAAUAUUGCUUCCGAAUACCCUCACUUAAUCGAAAUUGCCUAUCAUCAAAUGUUGACAGCACAUUAUUAA